AUGUCGCUCCCGCCGCAGGCUUCGUUCAGCUCUGCUACGACUGCAGUGGCCAGUCGUGGAACAGCCUACCCCUCUGUGGAGGAAUUCACCUCAUUCAAGCUGCCCACCAAGCCGAGAAUCAUCAAGACACUUACUAGCGACGACAUCUCCGACCUCUCUGACGAGGGAGAUGACGGCCCUCACAAGCCUAAUCCCUCGACGCCGAUCCCUCCUUCUCCCGUCACAUCUGACGAGUCAGAUCAUGACUUCAACCUUGACGACACACCUCCUACUGUGUGCGGAAAAUCAAUGAUUUACCCGCGUCAUCCUCUCAGCGGAAAGCGCCCCAUCAGCAUCCCAGUAUCCCCUCGCUGGCCUUUCCAGGAUGCAACCCCACGCCCCUCGACCAUGGUGCCGAUUGCCCGCAGCAUCACCGUCUCUUCCAGCCGCUUCAACCAGAGCCGCUCCAGAGAUAACUAUACCCCGCCCAUCGAGGUCAGCGUCACUGAGUCUCUGGAUGAGUUCCAGAUCAAUCACCCCAAUGGCCGCCUUCUUGCGUCUCACCCCCAAGGUGUACCCAACCACGAGACUGGACGAAGCCUGACCGGUCGCAACUUGGCCAAUAUUCCCACCCUUGUCGAGAAGUCCGAGAAAGACGCUCAAUCAAGCAAGGUUAUCCCUUCCCAGCAUCGACAGAGACCCUUCAACCUCUUCCACCGCCGCCGCUGGAGCUCACAGGUCCUCAAGGUUCAGCUCCUUCGCCGCCGCCAGGAUAAGCGCAAGAGAGCCUUUGAGACAAACACCAUCUGGUACGAGCGCAUUAGUCUCGAUGACAACAUCUAUGGAGGCUCCAUCGUUCUCACCCUCUUCUUUGUCACCAACGCCAUUGUCUCCAUCACAGUCAUCAUCACUAUGACGGCCUCCAAGAUGAGCAUCCCUUACUUCAUCAUUGUUUGGGUUAUGGCCAGCCUUAUCGUCAUGACCUUCACCAUCAUCAUGCUCUUUCGCAUGCGCUCUUUCCGCAAGAAGGCCAUCGCUCUCAUUGAUGACGAGAAGAGAAUCCGCUCAACCACCUUCCCCAAGCUCUCCCACGAGGGCCAUCUACACCUGCCUGCCGAUUCGGCGGAGGUUGCUCAUCGCCGCCAGCUUGGCGCCGCCAUCGCGAAUGGAGAAGCUCAGGCAGGAGGUUUAACUCACGAUGAGUCUGAGAAGAGCUCCGAUGGAACCGUCGUUGACCAGAUUGCUCAGCCGUCCCCUGUGUUCGACCCUCUCGCCCCGGCAAUGCCACGCGACACCAGCAGCGUGUACCUCUCGGCCAGCGGUACCUCUCCCCAAGGAAUCGAGCAUCUUCACGAUGCCUCCCGUCACAGCAUCGAUCUCAUGGCGUCCAGAAACUCCAGAGCCAGCUCCAUGACGGCCGUUGUCGGCUCGGCUGCCCCCACUGCUCCGAUGAACAACCAUGAAUCGAACUGCUAG